GCAGCAAUCUGAUGAAGAACCUUAGAAAUUCAGAAAUGCGCCGAAGUUCGACAGCCGGUUUGAACGCCGCAUCGCAACGACCCCCGUUACCACCAAAGAUCGAAACACGUUGCCACAGCUACGAUGGACUGCUGGAAGACGAUAAAAAACGAGCCACUGAAGGGCAGGAACAAUUGGACGGUGACAACGCCGUCCCCGAUUCGGUCGAAAGCACACCCGAUCCUGGCAAUUCAACCGAGGAAUCGAUGAAAACAAAAAACCGAAGGUCGCGCAGUAUGGACGAUCUGUUCGACGACAAACGAGAUUUGGCCAAUUUUCUCGAGAACACCCAAAGCAUGGAGAAUCUGCUGUCCGAUGCCGCCCCCGAGGAACCAGAAUCACCCAUUAAACCGAUAGCAAAUAUUUGCCUGAACCGCAAAUUCGUGGAGAGCCCCGAAAUUGCGACGGACAGCUCCAACCGAAGCGCAGAUACCGCUUCGCCGGAAUCGUAUUGCGAACAGCCAUGCGCAAACGAAACCAUUACAGUGGACAGCACUCCGCGUGCAUCCGCUGAAACCGACGACGAUGUUCUGUCGACGAAUUCUUCACUGAACUCGUUCGCCUCAUCAAGUGAUGCCACCACCGGGAGCAAGAAAACUAGUAAUAGCCCUUUCAUCAACAAAUAUGUGAAAAAGGUAAAAUCACUGAUGAAAAAGUGAGUACGAUGUUGAACAUUCGCGUUGAAGAAAAGAUACUGAAAAUUGUGAUCAUGUAACUACUUUUAAAGAAGAUUUUAUAUCUGAAAGUGAUAGCAAAGUAUAAUGCUUCUUGAAAUUUUGGUUAGAAAUCUGUUAUAGUACCUGUGCGAGAUUGCGUUGAACCGUGUAACUAAGCAUAAGUUUUUAUUUUUUCCCGCUUGUUAUAGUAAGAACCGUACAAGGAUCCCUUGGUUACACGUAAUGCAACUGACAAAUUUCGAUGACGCGCGUCAGCUGGAUAAAGUGCGAUUCACAUACAACAUACACGUCACGUUCACGUCCCGUCACGUCACGAUACGUCAAUGAUUCUACCAUGCAAUUCUCAUGAAAACAUUCACAUACACCAGCAACGUAACGACCCGUCAGCAUACGUUCAACGAAAACGACCGGCAGGGUUUGUAGAAAAGAAUAAUUGACGGAGACGGACGGCUCGUUUGGUUUUUGUCUGGGCUUUGUGUCUCGGCUUUUGUUUUGAUUUGGUUGUACAGUAAUUUACAUCUACAUCGACAUUAGGCUAAUUGAACAGAUCUGUGAUGCAACACGUUUAAUUAGACAUUUUUACCUCUAGUUGGACAUUUUUGUAAACAUUGAGUUCGAGACCCAAAUUAUGGCCCCACAUUGAAAGUCGCCACCAGUCGCAAAUGUCCAAUUACUGGUCAAAACCGACUCCAAUGCGACACUGAGUGGUGCCUCAGCAUAUCGCUUUAUAAGCAACUUACUGUACUUUUCAUCCCAACAUAUCUCUUAGCUCCAAAUUUCGGAGUGAAAAUCAUUCGCGACUAGUUGAAAGAAUUAUUCUAUUUAUUAUUAUUGUUGCAUGAGGGUCGGACUACGGGGUUUAAGCAUUUAAAUAAUUGAAUUCAAUGAUUCUCAUUGAAUUUUUCAAAAUUUAGAACUGAUUCUAGGCAUGCUGAUUUGAAAGAGGACAUUGCAAUUUAAAAUUGUUGUAGGUGGCGACACCAUGAACAAAAUUAAAUAAAUCAUUCGUUUGGCAUUUGACGGGACGGUGCUGGUGGAAGCAUUGACUGCAUGUGUGAAUUGGUGGGAACGUUGACGGAACGUAGACGUUCUUCUCCGUAACGUGCUAUGUGAAUCGCACAUAAAGCAGAACUAAUUUGAAUGUGAUUGCUCCGCGCUUGUCGCGGGCCAUAAUAAUGAGUAAAAUAUAUUAUUUAAAGACGCGGUUUUAUCUUUAACCUUAGGAAGUCUUAGCAUAGUGAUACAGAAGAUAUUGAAACGUAUUGAAGCGUUGGUCAUAUUUCUGAUACUAUUUAUACAUCAUUUCCUAACCGAUAUAGAAUAAGCAGUGCUUAGGUGUAAUUCGAUGUAAAUUUCCUUACUAUAUGCUAAGCAGACGAAUGUGAAUUGUCACAAUUGUUUGAAUCGUCCCUACAUCUAUACCGAAUAUGUUCAAUGAUCACAAACUGCAAUUGCUAUAUAUUAUUGGAUUGAUAAAGAAAUCUGACACAAAACAGAAA